ACGCGUACACGCCACCCUUCAUUUCGGGGAAAGGUUUUAAGAAUACUCUGUAUCGACAACCAUUCCAAGAUGUGCAAGGGAAACCUAAAAGUAGCUGAGGCCGAGAAGAGGAAGAUCCCAGACGUGGCUUCCGUGGAGGAGGCUCUCAAUGCUACAGGUUUUGGCAAAUACAACAUCGGGCUCCUGCUGGUGUGCAGCUGGACGCUGCAGGCGAUGGGCAUGGACCUGUUCGGGACGAGCUUCGUGGUGGCUGCCGCGGUCUGCGACCUGGACCUGUCCAUGCAGCAGAGAGCGCUGCUCACCGCUACACCACUCAUCGGUGUGGUCCUCGGUGCCCAGCUGUGGGGCUACGUGUCCGACACCAAGGGCCGUCGUCUGACGCUGGUUCUCUCCAUGUCCGUGGGCUUUAUCUUCGCCGCAAUGAGCAGUUUCGCACCCAACUGGAUCGUCAUGGCUCUGCUCAAACUCAUCUCUUCAACUUUCACAUCAGCGAGUAAUUCCGGCGCAUACACACUGCUGGGCGAGUCGUGUUCAGAGCGAGUCAGAGGGCGAUCUCUCCUCCUGUGUACCUGCGCUCUCAUGUGUUCACAAGCUACAGUAGCUGUAUUCGCCUACCCGAUCCUGCCUCUCAACUUCUCAUACUGGAUCGACUUCCUCGGCAUCAACUACCGGCCCUGGCGUCUCCUGGCGCUGGUGAUGUCCCUCCCCUGCGCCUUCACCGCCUGCCUACUCCAGCUAUUCCACGAGAGUCCCAAGUUCCUGGUGUCUGUGGGACAGAACGAGAAGGCUCUAGAAGUCUUGAAGAAGAUAUACGCCUGCAAUAGCGGAAACAAUGUCGACGAUUUUCCUGUAAAGAAGCUCACUGACAUGGCGGACAACACCUCGGAACAGGAGUCGAUACUGAGAGCGAUGUGGCAGCAGACCGCCGCCCUGUUUCGUUUCCCGCUGCUCAAAGACACUCUCAAGCUGUUUUACCUCGUCUGCGUCAUCUACAUGACUGGCAGCGGCUUCAUCCUCUGGCUACCGUACAUCAUGAACAACCUGUUCUCCGUGCUGAAGGCCGGCGGCGGGGAGGGCAUGAACCUCUGUACCGUGAUGCGCUACUCCACCGACACCGCCGUCUUGUCAGUGAAUGGUACCGUCAUCCAAGAAGUGUGCAACGACACCAUACAAGACACGACUCUGCUCUCAGCGAUGACGUACGGCGCCAUGGCCAGCACCUGCAACCUGGUGCUGUCCCUCACCUGCGGGACCAGGAAGCGCUUUGCCAUGAUGUGCAUCCUCCUAGUUGCAGCUGUAUCCGCCAUCUUGCUGAAUCUGGUGGCCAAUCCCAUAGCCGGAGGCAUCUUCUUCUUCUUCUUCCUGCUUUGCGCGCUGACGAUGGGCAUCCUGAGCGUUUACUUCGUCGAGCUGUACCCGACGUCGUUGAGAGGCAUGGCGUCUUGUCUAUCAAUAAUGUUGGGUAGAUCGAGUGCGUUUUUGGGUGUGAACGCGAUAGGCGCCCUCAUAUCAGUCAACUGUGAAGCGACCUUCUACGUAUGGGCGGUUUUAUUGCUUAGUGCUGUGGCUCUAGCGUGGUUUCUACCGAAAGAUAAGCAACCUAAUCAAUGAGGAAAUUUUUGUAAAGAAUCUUUUAAGUGCUGUAUAUAAUUUUAAACUUUAAAGGCAGCGGCUGGUCCGCUUGCACACUUUAGCGAGGCUAUUUUAAUAUUAAGGCAUAAUUUAUUAUAUUUGACAACAGAUUUAAACA